GUAGGCGCGGUGGACUUUCCCGAGCGGCAGGUUGUCUCCUGUGGGCUUGGAAAGAAAAGAAAAGAAAAGAAGAAACAAGUUGUUUAAACUCCAUAAUCAGCUGGUUAACGACGACGUUGCCAGUGCGCCUCAGCCACAGUAUUAGGUAAGGUGGAAGUGGAAGUGGACCGGAGGGACGCGCUGGGAAAUGGAACAAUCACAGCGCGGACCUGCUCGACUUCAGGGAGCGUGACGGACUGAUUUGAAGUUUGAUCUCAGAGGCUUUGAGCAUGGCGGGCUGCUGGCAGUGGUGCCACCGCAGGUGUUUGUGCUGCCUGUCCGAGGAGGAGAAGACCAACAUCGCCGUGGACAAAGAGAUCAAGAGGAUCCUCAAGCAGCAGAAGAAGAAGGAGAGGAGGGAAAUUAAAAUCCUGCUGCUGGGUACUGGUGAGAGCGGGAAAACCACCUUCAUCCGACAGAUGAGGAUCAUCCACGGACGAGGCUUCUCAGAGGAGGAGAGACGAACCUUUUCCAAAUGCAUCUUCCAGAACAUUCUCACAGCCAUGAAGGCCAUGACCGGCGCCAUGACCACUCUCAAAAUCCCCUACUUCAACCCCGAGAACGAGAUCUACGCCAAGUGGCUGCAGGACAUAAACACAGUGCAUGUCAGCCAGCUGGAGCGAGGCUACGUUGACGCAAUCCGACGCCUCUGGGCAGAUUCGGGCAUCCGGGUCUGUUACAGCCGGCGCUGCGAGUACCAGCUCCUUGACUCCACAGAGUACUACAUGAGUAACCUGGACCGCAUCUCGGCCCCAGACUACAUCCCCACAGAACAGGACGUGCUGCGAGUUCGAUUCCCCACCACGGGCAUCCACGACUACUCCUUCACCAUCAAGAAAAUCACACUAAGGAUUGUGGACGUCGGCGGUCAGAAGUCGGAGCGUCGGAAGUGGAUUCACUGUUUUGAAAAUGUCACCUCCCUCAUUUUCCUGGCCUCCCUCAGCGAGUACGACCAGGUCCUGGAGGAGAGAGAGACCAUCAACCGUAUGCAUGAGAGUCUGGCUUUGUUCUACACCACCAUCCAUUCUCCUUGGUUCUUCAACACCUCCAUCAUCCUCUUCCUCAACAAGACUGACAUCCUGGCGGACAAAGUCCAGACCUCUGACCUGCAGAGAUACUUCCCCAACUUCACAGGUAAGAGGCGUGACCCCGAGGACGCCAAGAACUACAUCCGCAAGUUGUACGAGCAGCAGGCCGUGAACCGCGACAACAGGGACGAGUGGAAGACUCUGUACCCGCACUUCACCUGCGCCACGGACACCAACAACAUCCGCAGGGUCUUCAGCGACAUCAAGGACACGGUUCUGCUCAAGUCUCUCAGGGACUACGGAGUCAUCUGAACUUUUACACAGUGGAGAAAAACAGGAGGGAAAAACGGUGGUUCUCCACUCUGCCUGCACUUUUUUCACUUCCACUGAUGAAGGCCAAAAUGUCACUUCUUUUUCUAUGAUUUGUUUUCUGAGGCGAAAUCAGACCAUCGACCAUCGUCCAUGCUUCUGUCCACCCGUCCUCUUCCUCCGCCUCUUUUCCCUCAUCAAGUCUCAAUGAAGAAGGAAGGUGGAGAACAAAAGGCCACGUUUGUACUCAUCUCUCACCUUCACCCACCCCGCUCUCUCCUCCUCUUCCUCUCAAGUAGAAAAUGUGAAGACGUUUAUGGAGAUUGGGAGAGACAUCUAGACUUGAGUGACUUCUGAUCAGGGAGCGAGGAACCAGUAAUCACCCUCACAUCUCUCAGUCAGCAGGCCCCCCCCUCCCCGAAUAUUGAGUGUUUGGUUGAUGCAGUGACUUGAAUUGAACCAUAAUUGAAGCAGAAGCAGAGAUGCUAUGAAGUACCGUGCUGCCAUUAACGGAGUAAUGACUUUUACAAGUGGAGAUGGGGCCAUGCUUGGGUACACCACCCUGCCACUCACACUUUUUUACACCUUAUUUGGGUCCACCAGGUACACUUAGGUUCAAACACAAACUGUAAACAAACAAAAAACACUCUAUUAUGCACCAUAAAUGGCAGUUAUGGAGUAUCAAUCCACUGCACCUUUUAUUAUCAGACAUCCUGAAUCUGGGGAUUUUCUCUCUGUGAUUAACGUCACCAGAGAGCCAAAAUCCUUAUUGACUACAGUUAUCUCACAACGGCAGUGUUGCUAUCUGUUUGGCACCUUCUCCAUCAAUUAUCAUGUGCAGAAAGAUUGUGUAGCCACCAUCUUUUGCGCCAAUACCUGAUGUGAUAACAUCCUCUACGUUCACCUCCAGUAGGUUACUCCGUCUCGUUUAAUGGUGUUGCUUGUUGUUAAAAUACAGACUGUGUUGAAAAAGAGAACAACACUACAGGUGAGUGAGUCUUCAAUCAGUACAAACAGUAAUUGAGAAUCACAACGGAUGUGAUGUGGACGAAAGAAAAGUUCACGUAGUUGGAAAAUGUAGAAAUCAAAUUAUUUAACAAAUGGAUACGUUGUUCAAGAGUUUUGCAGAGCGAUGUUAUAUGUUAGAGAGCACAAUUUAUUCAAUUUCCUUAAAUGAAAUUUUCAUAUUAAUGAAUUUGUAUUUCCUACUCAAACACAAUUACAGCUGUUUGUGGUAGGUUGUUGGCAUGCCCCAGUUUUAUUGCAGAGCAACAGAUGUGUUAAUGUGCAUCCAUGUUGUCUGAAAGUUAAGCUCAUGAAGAACAUUUGGAUGGUUUAUGUUCAGAACACUGGAGAUAAAAGUACUUUAAAGUGGCUAUAAUCAAAAUGUUUAGAUUAACAGUGGAUCACUUGACUGCUUGUUUGACUGUUAGCUCUUUGGAGCAUUAACAUCUUUCAGCCCACAACUUCAGUUUGUGUUUUGGUUUACUCUCACUGCUCUCAUACCGUUGUUUCCAGACACAACAGGCAGCUGUUUUGAGCAAAAAAAGUUAUUUAAAAUCACGGUAUGCUACCUGCCCAGCAUGAAACAUCAGACAGACACAGUAAGCGACCAGCCGUUGAAGCAGCUAAAGAGACAGAUAUUUCUCUCAGGUGUUGGUGGAGAACAAAAACGGAGCUAAAAUGGGAGUGAAUAUUGGACUUCCAUUCACCAGCUAAAUGAAUGCUUGUGUUUCACCAUAACAGCUUGAUGUGUAAAGAGAUUACACACAACUGUUGCUAAUGAGUUCGCCAUAUCGAAAUUAAAAAGGGGUCAAUGUUGUGUCUCAAACUCGUUUCCCCUGACCCAAAAUGCCCAAAAUAUCAGUUAACGCUUGUUCUAGUGCUCAAAUUACUAUUUUUCAGAGAGUCAGAUAUGCAAAUGGUCAUAGUAUAUUUAAUUGUUCCUUUUUUUCUACGUUUCAACAUCAGUUUCCAUAAAGCAAAAAAGCCAAUGACGGAUUAUGCACGCGUCAAUGCAGUAAUGCACACCAGUGUAAUCAAUACCAUGAACCAUGUUUUAAAAGGUCACGAGUAAAAGAACUGAGACCUGUUUGAGGAAACAACUCGAUUCACAUGGCGAGCUCAAACAUUGAUGGUGGGGGGGGAAAAAAUCCAACAGGCAGUCUGCUGGGUAAAGGGUAAAGAAUGAAAGAACAGGUGGUGGCAAUGUGAACUCUCUCUCUUCAUCCUAUUUAUACAUCAGUGUGUGGAGAAGAUCAUUUUAUAAUAUUGAUUAGAGGCUGAGCUCAACCCCCUGUGUUUGUCAUUGAGUGGAAAAUGAUUUUGAAAUGUAUUAAAAUAGCCGCCAUUGACGAGAGGCUAACUUUAGCUUACAAAGUGUCUGUUUUGUGGUUUCAGCUGCUCUUUUGUUAAUUGUAAAUAGAGUGUUUUGAUCUCCACACUGCUACACUAUUUUACUGUACAUUUACUGAUGACUACUUUUGAUUGAGUUUUGACUGCUGUAUUUUUUAACACUGUUUACCAACAGCACAAACUGUGAUUGUCUAGAGAAUACUUUUUGGCAUUGGGAA